AUGGAAAGAUCAAGCACAAGCUUCAACUUUGACAAAAUACCAAAGUUCAUAAUGAAGCUCUACAAGGCAACCAACAACGAGAAGUACAAGGGGAUCUGCUGGACACCGGACGGACUCAAGAUUCACAUAUAUGACCGAGAUGUCUUCGUGAAGGAAACGCUUCCUUUGAUAUCCAAGACCAGGGAGUUUGGAACGUUUGUUCGGAUGCUAAACAGCUAUGGAUUUGUUAAGUCGAAAGACAUUGAGGAGGAGGACAUAUACUACAACAAGAAUUUCAGGAAAGGAAGAGAGGAUUUGCUAGGGUUUGACGACUCGCUCCGGAUGAUCAAGAGGAAGAAGUCCAGCGACAUUCGGAUGCGGAUUGGAGACGGGUCUCUGAAGGAGAUAGUGGAGUACCUGUAUGUACAGAACCAGGAGUUGUAUACAGAGCUUUCUGUCUGCAAGGAGCGCAUAGAAAGGCAGGAAAGGGCCCUCAAUGGCCUUAUAGAAAUUCUUUCUCGGGUCUUCCGAACGAACUCCCAAGACCUGGGGGCCCGGAUCAAGCCCAGCGGGCAUAAUCCCCACAACGAAAUGGACUUCUUUCUUGGAGAGCUUUCAGGGCCCCUUAAAGAAGGAUGCGAGCCGGCAUCCCCGCCAUUGCAAGACAAAGGCAUUCCGGAGCUUUCUUUCAAGCCGGGCGGGAUUCCUCAUGCUGAUUCCGACACCAAGGACGACAACUAUGACCCUUUUUUCUAA